AUAAAGCUAACCGGGAGUGAGUCGACGGAAAGAGGGAUCGGGGGCUAGCCGGCUAGGUUUAGUAUAACUUUUUUAUUUUAAAUUAAAAUUGGUUUUUUAUUAACUUUGAUUAAAAAUUUAAUCAGAAGUAAAAUCGUAACUUCAUAUCAAAGUUGUAACAAGUAACCGAAACUAUGAUUUUUUGCAAACGAUAUACAUAUACACAACCAUAAACACCCUUCAUGUAACUUUGUCUUAAAUUUUAUAAAUGUUUGUUGCGAUUUGCGAGCUCCAAAGCAUCAUAAAUCAAGGUCUCACAAAUGCAUGCGUCUGUUGAACCCUAAACAUGCCGAAUAAAUCCCUGUUAGCAGCAUUCACCAAAAGCAUUCCCAAAGUCCCCGCUUCCACUCUAGUAAACCCAGAUCAACGAAUCGCCAAUCUCAUCUCCAAAUCCCUUCAAACUUGUCAAACUUCUCAGUUUCCUCCAGCUUCUCUCAACCCCAAAAUCAUAACCCUCGUCCUCUCAAACACACACCUUCCACCUCAAUCUUGCUUCAGUUUCUUCAAUUCCCUCCAACCCAACGGAUUGAAUCUUAUCGAACCAUACAUAUCACUUUCUUGUCGCCUUUACAAAUCUAAAGAUUUCGCACUAGCUAAAGAUAUCUUGAACCAAUUAGCCAUCAACAAUCAUAUCCAACAACCUAUUAAAAAAAUCACGUCAUUCGUGAACGAGAAUUGUAGUUAUGGAGUCAGUAAGGUUGUUCUCAGGAAGUUGUUUGAUACUUUGUUCCGUGUUUACGCCGACAACGAGAAGUUUGAAGAGAGUUUGGAGGUUUUUGAUUACAUGAAAAGUAACGGUUUCAGUAAGAUAGAUGAUAGGUCCUGUAUGGUUUUUCUGCUUGCAGCGAAUAGAUGCAACAAGUUCGAUUUAUUGUCAGAUUUCUUUAAUAAAAUGGUUGAUUCGGGAAUUGGGAUAACCGUUUAUUCUAUGACAAUGGCGAUCUCUGCAAUGUGUAAGCUUGGGAAGACUAUCAAGGCAAGAGAAUUGAUGGAGGAAAUGAUUACGAAAGGGGUUAAACCAAAUGCGAAUACAUAUAACGCUUUGAUCAAUGCCCAUUUAAAGAAAUCAGAAUUUAGGGAAGUAGAAACGACUCUUGAUUCAAUGAAAACGCAAGGAGUUUCUUUCUCCGUGGCAACUUAUACCCUUUUAAUAGAAUUUUACACCAUGUUGGGCGACAUUCAGGAAGCAGAGAAGGUGUUUGAUGAAAUGCAUGAGAAGGGUAUAGUGGCUGAUGUUUAUGUUUACACUUCAAUGAUUAGUUGCAACUGUAAACUAGGGAAAAUGAAAAGGGCUUUCAAGCUGUUUGAUGAAUUGACAGAGAGAGGCCUUGUUCCAAGUGUCCACACUUAUGGGGUGUUGCUUAAUGGUGUAUGCAAAGCAGGGGAGAUGAAAGCUGCUGAAGUUUUGUUGAUUGAAAUGCAAAAUAAAGGUCUCGAUGUGAAUGAUGUUAUAAUCAACACAUUAAUGGAUGGCUACUGUAAAAAAGGAAAUGUGAAUGAUGCAAUUAAGUUGCAGAGUCUGAUGGAGAAGAAAGGGUUCAAGCCUAGUGUCAUUUCCUACAAUAUAAUUGCUACAGGUUUAUGUACAGUUAACAGAUACGAAGAAGCAAAGACAUUGUUGUUUACAAUGGCAGAAACAGGAAUCACUCCAAACAUGCUAACUUACACCACAUUGAUUGAUAUUUUCUGUAAGCAAGGGAAUUUCAUAGAAGCUAGAAGGACGCUUAGAGAAAUGGAGAGCAAAGGGGAGAAACCAAAUGUUGUGACAUACAAUGCUUUUAUUAAUGGGUAUUGCAAGAAAGGGUUGAUGAAGGAAGCUUAUAGGGUAAGAAGUGAAAUGGAAGAGAAAGGUGUGAUGCCUGAUGUUUACACUUUCACUUGUUUAGUGCAUGGAGAAUGUUUGGCUGGGAGGGUGAAUAAUGCCAUGAAGCUGUUCGAUGAAAUGCCUGAGAGAGGUUUUACUCGAAAUGUCAUAAGUUAUACAGCCAUGAUUGAUGGGUUAUCAAAGGAAGGAAGAACAGAAGAAGCUUUUAAGUUGUAUGAUCAAAUGCAAAAUGAGGGUAUUUUGCCUGAUGACACCAUGUACUCUUCCCUAGUUGGGAGUCUUCACAGUGUUAAGGGUUAAUAAGUAUUUUUAUGUAUUCUUGUCAAUAUGAGUUAUGAGUUAAACUCUUAUUUUUUUUUUUUUUGUAUUCUUCUCAAGGACUAGUUUUUGUAUUGUAUUUUUAAAGGUACAAGUAUUGUUAAGAUCAAAUAAAUACUCCAAUAUCUACUCGUGAGUGAGUAACGUUGUGUUGCCA